AUGGUUGAUGAAGGUCUUACAGAAUUGAUGUUUACAUCUGAUAAUCUGGGGAUAAUGGAGCAAGAAAAAUAUCGUCUGCCAGGAGGUACUACAUGUGCUAUACACUCAAGUUCAUUUCACUUCACUUCACUUGAUUGUCGUUGCUCACAAAUAGUGAAAGCUAAUUGAGGUGGGCACGGUGAUGAUAUUUUAGGUUGUACUCCUAGAAUAUUGGGAAUGUUUUAUUUUACAGGGUAAUUUCUUUUACCUGGAACAAAUAUCUUUUAAUUUCAUGGGCGAUAUUUUUUUGGAUAUGAAAUAUUAAUGGUCCUUACUUGCUUGUUUAGUCAAAUUUAACUUCUUAUUUCGUCUUUGUAUUCUUGUCCCCUUGCAGCAUUUUUAACAAUGAAUUUGCAAAAAGAUGAGGUUGAUUCUAUCAAGAGGCUCAAAAAGUUGCAGGUAAAGAUUUUUUUUAUUAACUUAGCCUCAGUUCAAGAAAUUCCACCCUUAAAUCGGUAAAAUUUGGUUCUAUGGCACAUUGUUUUUACUCCCUAGUCUAAGAAUGCAUAGCCCGCAAGAAAGCUGUCUAGCCGCGUAUGAACUCUGUCCCGCUUGCGCGUGCCUUCUCACAAUAUCGAAGUUGCCUAACGAAAAUUUCAAAUGGUCUACGUUUCAGCUCAAUUUCCUCUUUUUACCAUAUUAUUAUUGUGGCUUCAUUUCUGUAUCACCUUCCUCAAUGCACAAGCUCAGUUGUAGGUCUUAAAAAUUAUCAGGAACGCCUAAGGUUGUUUUCAGAUGGCUCACUAUUCAGUGCCCAACUUAUCUUUACCGUUGACUUGUCCCUUUCUCAAAAGUGGCUGCUUAAACAGGGGUUUGUUCUCCCGAAUAUGCGAUUUCUGAUCGAAACGUUGUACAUGUAAAACCAGAUGAGCCAUGAAGUUAGCAGAUCAUUGCAAUAAUGGCCGUUUUUAUAAUUAGAGGACGUUUAGACGGAUCAACGUUUGAAUGUUAAUUAAGCGCGAGGUUGAGUGCGUCCCAUCUCCACUGUAGAAGCCAUUAAAGCCUCCAUCCUGUUCGUGGGAAAGGCCUAAGAACGUUUGUUUAGGAGGCUAUUAAAGUGGACAGGGUCAUAUAUGGCUAUGACGUCUGUUAAGUGCAUCGAUUAUACAUGUGUAAGCUCAGACGCUUACUGCGUCUGCCUUUUUUCUUGUGUUUACACUAGAUGGUUUGGAAGUCGACCCCGGAUGGGGAGACUCCCGAGUGAAAGGGACUCAGAUAUUCGUUAGAACAUCAAAUUUAAAACCUCAACGAAGACUAAUCUGGUCUUGACUCAGGCUUUAUUGGAUCUUUAUAUGAGAGCAUAAACCUACUCAUAAUGACAGUGUUUCUUUUUGUGUUUUUCGCAACACGCUAAGUAAGUCGGCCAGCUACCCCUUCCUUUUGAUAUCGGAGCCUCUUUUCAGGUAUAAUAGAGAACUUUAGAUUCUAUUAAAAAAGACAAGGACGACUACAAGAGUGAUACUUUCUUAAUACUUAGUGCAGUGCACGUGCGUGAACCAGCCUCAAUCUUACAACGCGAUGGCAGCGAAAACAUCGCUUAAAAAGUGAAUUUAUGUUUUUCCAGUCUUAUCGUGAUUAUUCCUACCCAUCUACGAUUGAAUUAUCAAUGGUAGUAAUGUGGCUGUUUGUCUUCCAGCCUAAUAGACCUUUAAUGGUGGCAGAGUUUUGGCCAGGAUGGUUUGAUAAUUGGGGCGAUGGUCACUACAAAAUGGAUGUUGAAAAGACUACCACAAGGGUAUUGAACAUUCUUAGGGCUGGAGCCUCCAUUAACCUCUACAUGUUUCACGGUAUGGCGGAAUAUUUGUGGCAUAUUUUCCGAAACAAACAGAAAAGUAUUUUUCGGACUGAAUUGAUUCGUUAGUCUUUUUUUUUUUACCUAUUCCACACAAGCAAUGGCUGUUAAAAAGGGCCAAAUUCAUCUACGGUAAACAUAAGUCGAAAAAGUACUGAUAAAAUAAUCCUUAUCUCAGUGUCUAACAUUUAAGCAAGGUAGCUUUUGAUGGUAUCUUAUACAGUCUUUCACAGCAAAGUCAGCUCCACCGCGGGUGUUGUCAUGUGUAAGCUCGCAGACGUACAUGAGGCCAAACUGGGAGCCGCGAUUCUACUUAAGAAAACUUCGGUCAUAUCUUCUGUUCAGUACACUUGCUUUCGAUAGAACUCUUUAAAUGACUAAAACUCUACAACGCAGCAUAUAGAAAUAGACUCAACUAGCGAUGCUUUCCCUUUUUUUCUUUCAGGAGGCACUAACUUUGGAUUUAUGAAUGGCGCUCUUGUCAUUCCCUGGAUACGAAAAUUCUCUUAUCAAGCUGUUGUUACGUCAUACGGUAACAUGUUCUUUGGGAUUCUUCAGUUUUAAUACUGUGUCGGCCAUUUUGACGUUGUCCUUGAGACCGGGAACUGUUUUGGGGGACAAAUUUUGACCCAGUGUCUUUAAUAGUGUCCUAAAACAGUGCCUUAGAAACAAAGUACAAUUUGAUUCAAAUCUGACGCUUAAGCGUAGACAAAGAAUAGCCAAUUUACUCCAACCUGGCUCACUCCACACUAACGUAGACUCUUACCUAGUCGCUAUUUAUGUGUUUAUGGGCUGGGAGAAGAUUGAGGUUUGGAGGCACACUGUUGUGUUCCCAUAAGUCCCCGCGCGCUUCGAUUAUCAUCCAAUCUUCUCUCUUCUCAUCUGACUUAUNAUGAAGCGAAGCUGCGCAGCGCCGUUUUUUGAAAGUGGAGCGUGACAUUUCCGAUAGGUUUUGUGCCAUACUUUGGUGACAGCUUGUAAACACCUAUUCGGCCGGUCGUGGAAGUAAAUAAGUAGGAGCGAGGACUGGAACCCACUGAGACGGAAGUAAAUAUUCAGGAGUGAUGGAAUUUAGUUAACCAAAUCCUCUCAGCCAACCGUUCCGCAAGGUGAUGGACGUGUCGCCUCUUGGCAGUUGCUGUUCGUACUCUACCGCCUACACUAAACUAAAACGAAAAGGCACAUCUGGCGAUGCGGGUUUUUUCUCUUUGUUUUGAAUAGAGGCAACUUUAUUGUAUCAAUUUUGAUUUACCAUAACACUAUUAUAGUAUACAUGCUAUACAUCUAAAAUUAAUUACACUGGCCAGGGAUCUCAGCAAGCUCUCUUGAGCUCUCUUGAACGAUAACAGUUUUUGACUAGUGUGGGAUUUUUUUGACUAUAACCUGUUCCUUGUAGAUUAUGAUGCUCCAUUGUCAGAAGCUGGUGAUGUGACAAAGAAGUUCUGGGCUUUAUCUAAAAUUUUUAAAAAGUAUAACCCAAGCUCCAAUCAUAAAGGUUGGCCUUUUUUAGUACUAACACACAUUAGGGACCGAUCAUUAUUUAUCACCUGUGGGGUGGGAGGAGGAUUUUGGGGGGAUUACUUGAUUUUUAGGGAAACAAAAGGGGGGGAUCAGUUGUAAACUGAGAACCUAAAGGGGGGAAUCACUGAAAACUUUGGAAGGAUUCAGAGGGAGGGCCACUCAAGUUUGCUUGGAAAAUGAAGACAGGGGAUCGCGAAAGUCAUAAAAUGUUAUUAGGGGGAAUCACUUCAGUGAAGUAACAUUCAAAGGCGGGAUCGGCUAAAUUUCACCUUUUUUAGCCCCAAAUCCCCCCCCCCCGGCGAUAAAUAAUGACCGGUUCCUUAUUUGGUGGCGUUGAAAUAAAAUUCAGGGUCCGCCUAGUUUGAUUACCAGUUUUUUUUUUUGUCUUACCCAGCUUUUUUGCAAAAUCAGAAACAAAGCAAUUGAAAGUGAAACUAGUUUGAAACUAUCUCAGCCAGAAUUUUAUUUUUAUUGGUUGCGUGUAGCAGGGUUAACUAAAUCUUCAUACAUCUUUCGUAAUUUCAUAACGAUUUCUAAAGAGAGUCGUAAAACAACUGUGACUAGCUCUGACUGUCUCAUACGACUGCGAUGUGUCUUACAAGUUACCCUUAACGAUUGAUGUAUUAUUUGCCUCCUAGUUGAUAAGAGUCUUCUAUACCCAGAGAGGAGAGCAUAUGGUAAUUUAUGUAAUUGUUAUUUGUUAUUGUCAAAUACAAGCCCCUGUAGAAGGCGCCGGUUCUUGUAGGGUGAAUGGAGAAAUUUCGAUAACGCGCGCGCACGAGUUGAGGGGAGAAAAGGAAAGGAGGCCUCCUCUCCCCUUCGCCAGUUCCCCUCGCGCGCUCUAUAAAAACUUACCAAAAUAACUGGCGUCUGUCACGCAUGCUUUUGUAUAUAAUACUUGAUUUUGUACGGGUUACUUCUCUAUUUUUAUUUUUAGCAACAGGGUUUUUUUGUCUUUCAUGACAUCUAGGUAAUGUAAAGAUGCAGAGGUGCUUGGGACUCUCAGAUAUUACACAUUUCUUUGUGAGUAUUAUUCAUUACCGAAUAAUAGUUCAUGUUAUUGAUCUCUGAACCUCAAGAUGAUUUUUUUUCUCAGUUUUCCCAAGCUUCAUAACCAUGUAUGAAUUUUAAUUUAUCAAAAUUAAUGAAAAUUGCGUAUUGCAUUGUGUGGUUUCUCCAAGUGAUAUUUCUGAUACUUAAAAAGACACUGGCGUGACUCCUUUAGAAUGCUGGUGGAAUGACACAGAAUGUAACUUUUGCUGGCAUUUAUCGUUUGCUUCCUUACCUCUUUAUGCGUGAAAAAAUUCUCAGCUCCACAGAGGUUCCUUUUGUGUCACGCAAAAUACAAAUCAAUACAUUCGCUCCCUAAAAGUAAAUAGAAGGAUACUGGAGCCGAAAGGUGUCCUGCUUUUGUUUCGGGGAUCGUUAUUGGGGACGCGCCGGUCAGCUAUUGGCCAAUUUUUUCCUUCUCCCAGAAGUGCCAGAAGUCUGCGCGAAAUUUAACUCGGCCCAGUUCCCUUCUGGUUUCUAAAGUCUGUCGUUGAAACCCUACGCAUUGGUUAUGCCCAGUGCUGAGGAUGAGCCCGCAGUGAUGGCGAAACACUAUAGACAUGAAUUUUUUUGAUGUAUGUUUUUUUUUUCUGUUGUCGUUGUUGGCAGGUUUCCAUCGAGAGUGACAAUGUCAUGCCGAUGGAGAUGUUGCCAAUAAAUAACAAUGGCGGACAAGGAUACGGCUUCAUAUUAUAUCGAACAGAACUGUGGAAGGAGCCUUGGCAAAUAACCAUACACGAUAUCAGUGAUAGUGCUCAGGUAACCACAAGAGACGCACUUAGGAAAUGCAUCCAGUCCAAAAAAGAGGGUCGUAAUAACACGCGGUCUUAUUAAUAGGGUGGUCUAUGGUUGGGCAAGGGGGUUAGAUAGACAGAAUCUUUAUUUAUACUCAUUUACAAUAUGUAGCACGCUGGUACUAGUUUGAGCGAGCUAAAACUACUACAGUACGACCACUCGAACAGGAGCAGUUGGAAGAAGAUUAUCCCAUCACAACGGUUUUUGAAAACGAAGGAUUCUCAAGUUUUUUUGGCAAACGGACCAAUAACAUUCAUGAAUUUGAGGGCCGUUUCCUGAGAGGCCAGCUUAGUUCAAACAGUGUUAAAGUUUUCAACGGUUGCAUAGUUGAACCUUGAAUUUUAUUGGCCCGUUUGCCAAAAAAACUUGAGAAUCUUUUGUUUUACAAAAAAUCAACGUAAAAUAUAUUCAGGACUAACCUGUUUACUUCCCAAAGGUAACUCCUUUUGCUUUAAAUCUCAAUCAAAUGUUAGGGUAUGGGUAAUAAUUCUAAUGACCCAAAUGUUGUAAGGCAAGUUUACACGGUAGCAAUUUGCUUGCCAACGAAACAGCAAAUUUUAAAAAAUUGCCCAAAAUAAAAUCGAUUUAAAAUUAAGUCGUAUUACAAAAAAUCAGGUCACGCAAAACGGUUUAGUUCACGAAUCACAUUUAACUCAAAUCUUCGUUACAUGAAUCACGCUUAAUUCCAAAACCGCUUUCAAGUGCACGCAAAAUUUUCUGGUUAUUAGCAAUCACUAAUCACGAAUAUAUAAAAACGUCAAUUACGCUUCACGUUACCGAAAAAGGAUAGGCGACCCUCUUUUAUGUUCAGUCACGUCGAACAGUUGAUUACGGCUCUGCUUGUAACACAUUUAUUACUCCUUUACAGGUGUUACUCGAUGGCUCGGUCAUUUACCGAACAAAUUCGGCCAUGAAAAAGGGAACGUGGAAGAAUAUACACUACAUAGAUCAAAAAGAACUGUGGAAAGUAGUAAUAGAGCUGGAUAAACCAAACCAGGUACCACACUUACUUCAGUUUAGAUACGAUAUGAUAGAAAAUAACUGAGUGCAAUAUUGUGUAAUAACGAAAAAACACGUAAGCAUUUUUUUUUGGUGGUUUUAAUCAGACUCCUUAGCUGCAAGCACUAUUCUUGGAGCUGGCCGGCAAAAAAUCAACAAGUUUAUCUAGCAAAAAAAGAUCAUGGCAUAGGUGACGUCUACGAGACCAUAUGUUAGUACUAGGUAUGGAGGCUUAAUAAGAAAAAUCAAAACCGCUGUCCUGACAUUUUAGGCGAACAUUUUUUUUACCAAUAUGGCCAUAGUCCUCUUUCCUUUCGUUGAUGAUUAACAAAAGCAAACUUGCAGGAAAGGUGUUCUGAUUUCCGCUGAUCUUAUGCGGAACUGAAAAUGGUCUGUAAUGUAUUCGUAUACAGCGCACUAAGCUGUGACCAUUUUGUUCGCCUUUCGCCACUUGCAGAUCUCCCACAAUGCACCUUCUUUACCCCUCAUUUGCAUAAGCACAGCUAACGUAAAACCGCUAACCGCAAACAGCGGGUGGCCGUUUUCGGUAAGUUGGCCAAAACUCGAUCCUAAGGUCUCUGUUGAAAAAUGUUGAGCUUGAUUUUUGAAGCAGGAGGUCUUUAAAUCUUACUCGAAGGUAAAACUGGGGUAUUGCUAGACUUCCUACCAGAGAGCCUUUCCAGCCUCCCUCGCCCAUCGUUAUCUUUCCCUCCUCCGUGAACGUUUGGUCGUAGGCUAGAAGAUCACUGUUACUGUAGAGUCUCGAUAUGGAGAAGAGCUACGUGCCACAUUUUUUUCAGGGGACUGGGACAUUGUAUUCUUUAUAACAAGCCUACGUUGUGUCGGUUUCUUGUCCUAUAUAUUUUACUGUCAGUGAUUUCUACGAAGAGUAUUGUUCGUGAUAUAUCGGAGUUCUACUUUAGUAAUGAAAAGUCCCAUCUCUGGGGCGUAACGAUUCUGCAGAACUUAUGACGGGAUAGGUAUAUAGUAAACUCUCUCUGACAUGGACACCUUUGGGACAGGCACUUAGUGACUGUUUUAGAGGGAUGUCCAUCUUAUAGAGAGUCAAAAAAAGGGAGUAAAGAAAGGCAGGGACCAACUCUAGGUGUCCGACACUCUUAUCACUCUUAUCACUCUUAUCUGUCUUACAACGGACACGUCUAUAAGACGUACACCUGUAAAACGGACACCUGGAGUUGGUCCCUGUCUUUCUUUACUCACUCUAUUUGACUCUCUAUGGGACGGUCAUCUUUCUACGACGGACACUUAGUGCCUGUCCCAAAGGUGCCCGUUUUAGAGAGAACUGACUGUACACCCAGACAGGAGGGAUUCAACGUUGGUACUGUAAGCACAUUUAUAGGUUGAAUUGUAACUUGUUAUUGUUUGGUUACUGAAUGCAGGAUACAAAGAAACAUGUCCUGGAUAUUCUGGUUGAAAACAUGGGACGAUCAAAUAUUCUUCCUGUCAUGAACACUCAACGAAAAGGUAAAGGAACAUUGCUAAGCAUUCAAAAAAAAAUUCAGUAUCUCUAAAGUAAACGGGGUAGGAAGCCAAAAGUCAUAAUUAUUUUCAAGUAAGAACUAUUACAAUAAACAUUUGAGUAAGAUACAAGAAGACGUAACCGAAGAUUGGAAACCAGGCUUAAAAGAUCUGUCUAGUUGAUGUCAGGGGAAACUUGCUCCACAAAUUUCCGAUUUUAGCCUCUGACAUCUUUAGCAGCAAGGCAUGCGUAAUUUUAAGAGAUAACCGUUUGCUUUUAUUAAAGGAGGUUAAACCCUCUCCCGAUCACAAAAUGAUAAAACUUCCAACAUUUGAUAACUGUUUCCCCUACUAAGACAUUCUCGUUAAAACUCGUAGUAGAAUGACGACGGCUAUCACAUUUUCGCGCCAAAAUGACGCUGGUUCACGCGCGAUCACUACUUAUGAUUGAGAAGAUCUCGUUCUCCUAGUCGUCCUCGUUUUAGAAUCUAAAGCUCUCUAUUCUCCGCCCUGGAGGAGAUGCUUGUCCUUGGCACCGUAUUUGUUCGCUUAUGCCAUUGGUAGCCAUUUGUGAAGUGGGAGAGCGAGAGCUGUCAAGCAAGUAACGGAAUGCACUACCUCAACAGUGCUAAACAUAGUGUUAAUGAUAUAUGAAAUAAAUCAUAUAUGAACUGCGGAAAUGAAAUGAAAAUGCAGAAAUGAUCGUCGUUGUGAACGCAAUUUAUGCAAUUGCGUUAAGAAGCCUGAAAAAAAUUCAGGACUUCAACGGGGUUUGAACAUGUGACCUCCACGAUUACCGGUGCGAUGCUCUACCAACUGAGCUAUGAAGCCACUGACGUUGGGAGCAGGUCAAUUGUGGGUUCAUAUGUUCAUAUGUUUCUGACCGCGGAAGGAUUAGUUGGUCGCAGGCUCGAUUCCUGAGAGCGGAACAAUACUCAGGGUCUUACAAUAACUGAGAAAUGAGGGUACUUUCCUUUGCCCUGCAACGGCUUGACCACGUAAAAUGGCGGUCCCGUCUCCAGGAGGAGACGGAAAUAUAUUGUCCACAAUUAGUACUCAAGUGCUAAAUACAUGAACACUUUUCACUAAAGCACUUUUUAAAUUAAAGUACGCUUUUUUCGUUAUUGCGGAUUAUAAAGUGUAGACCAGAAUGUAAAGUUUUUAACGUACUUUGUUAAAUUACGUUCAGGUAUCCUCGGCGAUGUUUUUGUGGAUGGUAAGAAGCAAAGCGGUUGGAACAUAUAUCCUAUGGAGUUUAAACGAGAUUUUUUCUCCAAGUAAGUAAUUUAGAGUAAUGUAGCAUGAGUAUUAUACAUAAGGCAAAACCAAAAUAUCUCUGAUGAAUAGAUAACCAAAUUUUCUGCGCGUGCUUCGCGCACGAGAGAGCUCCGCAAUUUUUAUUUUUUUCUUUCACACAAAAAUGUUUACUGUUAUCAUUUUUCUAUGCUAAUGGCGCACAACGUUUUCGUUUCCAUUUCUAUGCUAGAUUGAGCGACUUUCCGUCGUCAUGGAAAAAAGUAACAGAGUGGAACAAACCUUACCCUCCGACCCUGUACCGAGGGACAUUUGAUAUUAAAGGUGAAAUAAAGGACACGUUUCUUCACAUGAAAGACUGGACCAAGGGCGUCGCUUUUAUAAAUGGCCAUAACUUAGGGAGGUACUGGGAACUAGGGCCACAAGAGACGUUGUAUCUUCCGGCGCCGUGGUUACGAAGCGGCAAUAAUGAGGUAAGUUUUACCGAACAGUUUCGUCUCAGUUAAUUCAUUGAAAACGCUAGAGGGCUAAUGCGAUUUUAUUUCGGGAGCUACGCGUCUAAAAUUCCUUUCUUUUCUUGCGGGAGCAAGGAAAGUGAGUUUAGAGAUAUUUAGAACAACGAUCACGAUGCGAUGAGUUUUGUUUGCAAAAGGGGCUUUGCGGUAACUGUUGUUUUGUUUCUGUUUGUCUGAUGUUAACAUGCAUAAAAGUGUCCCACAAAAGGUAAAAUAUCGCAGAUGAGAGGGUGUUAUCAACAGGGAGUUCACAAGUGUCGACAGUGUAAACCUAAACCUUACUGAGCAUCUCAAGUUACCGGCGGAGAAAGUGAACGCUAAUUUUACGAAUAUUCCUCUGAUCAAUUUCGUUUGUGUUUCUGUCUUUCAGCUUUUAGUGUUUGAGUUGGAAAAAUGCAAAGUUCCUGAAGUACCUUUCUCGCUGGAGCCAAAGAUCAAGGGAGAGACUGUUGAUGUAGAAUAA